UCGCAACCCUCGAUUCAGUACUAAAUGUGUCACAAGACUCUUCUGCUCCAGAGAAUGUGUGUUCAGACAGGCUUCAGCCCCUAUCUAUGGAUUCUGAUCUAAAGAGCUUGUCAUCUAGCGAAGGGGUGCACUUUUACUGCAGGAGUUGCUCAGUUCAGUUAACAAGAAAACCUCUAACAUCCUUCGUGGAAAUGCCAUCAACCGAUUGGCGAGAAGUAGCUGAUAACUGGUUUGGAGCAUGCUGCUGUUCAUUUGGAGGUGUAAGUGAGAAGAUGGUCACUGAGUAUGUCAGUUCAUACAGUUGCACAGUGGGUACAUGCCUAGUAGAUGUGGCAUCUAUUAUGGUCUGCAAGAGUGACCUCAUGGGAUAUGUUUUCCCUGACCAUUCAAAUGGAAGCAGAGCUCAAGAAUCUGAGCUUGGUCUUGAUGGUGGAAAGGAUUUCCCUGAAACCGUGAUUGGUGAUGAUAUUAUAUUUAGUCAAGGGUUAUUUGUUGGAAGUCAAACUGAGAGAGCGUCUGAUGUUUGUGAGAUAUUGAGCUCCAUGACUCUUAAGGAGGAAUGCUUGGAUGCAAAUCUGGAACUGGAUGUUGCCAAAAAGGGGAAUGAUGUUGGUUCUACAUUUGUUACCUCUUCUUCAAUUUCGAAUUACUCAGACAAUGUGAAGUCAGAGAGUGAAUUUUCUGCAAAGGAUCAGAUUGAUUAUUGCACAGAUAAGCCGAAUUAUCUAAGUCAUGAUCAGGAAUGUUGCUUACACAGCAUCUCUGUUACAAGUUCAAAUGCUGAAUACCAACAGGCCAUCAAAAGUAGUGAUCUUAUGGGAAAUCAGAAGCUGCUUCUUAAUGGAUUUCUUGGAAAUGGUUUCAUGAUGAGGUCCUCCAAUCUUUCUAAAGAUGUCAAGUGGAUUGAAUUUCAAUGCAUAAGGUGUUCAUGUGUCCUUGGAGCAUAUCCUUAUGUUAGUGAUGAUGAUUUACCCCUAGAUGGUGGCAUUCGAUUGUUCAAGUGUUACAUUUCCACUGGUUUGCCUGUUGGUGGUUCAAGUAAUAUAUUCAGGAAUAAUUCCUUCAAAAGAAUGUUUGCUUAUCAGCUUGUAGAAAGUGCGACAAAUGAAUUAUCAUUCAGAACAGUUGUGAGGGACCUGAAAACCAAAACACCUGCCCUUCGGAUUGUCCUCCUAAAUCCGGAUGCCUGGUGUUAUACUGGAUAUUGUGUGGAAACAAUGGGCAGCAUUGGACCUGCUUCAAAGGUAGAACUGCAGCCUGUCAUCAAGGUGCUAUUUUCUAGUUGUAUUGACUCUACAGAAGCUCAAACAAGGAUAAUAGAAGAGUGGGUAGCCAAGAACCAAGCAGAUGAGGUUUACAUGUUCACCCAUCAAUUAAAAGAAGUAAUUAAAUCCAUGAAUUCUGGUCAGGAGUCUUUCCCAUUUUCAUGCUCUUUACUGCAGGAUUUCUCUUUGUCAUUCAUAGAAAGUUCUCAUUCCUAAUGACUAUCUCGUGCUGGUACACAUUCAAGAGUCAUUUCAUGAAGAAGCUGUAAUCUGCAGAAGAUUGCAACAAGUUCAUUACGGCGUGCAUCUUAGCCUGUGAGCUCAUGUCAUUUUGCUGCCUCAAAACAACAGCAAGCUUUUCACUGUGUUAAUGCAAAAUUAGGCAAUUUGAGAACUUUCUCCUCGUUUUCAAUGUCAA